AUGGCGGGCACAGCGGACGUGUCUCGCGUUGAGGCCCCGGUGACGACGAAGGCGUACUUUAUGUGCGCGUUCGCGGCAUUCGGUGGUAUCUUCUUCGGCUUCGACUCUGGUUAUAUCAGCGGUGUGAUGGGCAUGGAAUACUUCAUCACCCUCUUCACCGGCCUCAAGAAGUCGGAUUUCCCUCCUGGCUCGGACAAGUUUACCUUGCCCUCGUGGCAGAAGUCUCUGAUCACCUCCAUUCUCUCUGCCGGCACCUUUUUCGGUGCCAUCAUCGCCGGUGACCUGGCUGACUUCAUCGGCCGUCGAACCACCAUCAUCGCGGGAUGCGGUAUCUUCAUCGUCGGCGUCAUCCUGCAGACUGCUUCCUCGGGGCUCAACCUGCUCGUCGCCGGCCGUCUGAUUGCCGGGUUCGGUGUCGGCUUCGUCUCUGCCAUCAUCGUCCUCUACAUGUCUGAGAUCGCGCCCAAGAAGGUCAGAGGCGCCAUCGUCUCUGGAUACCAGUUCUGCAUCACCAUCGGCCUGCUCAUGGCCUCCUGUGUCGACUACGGAACCCAGUCGCGCCAGGAUUCGGGCUCCUACCGUAUCCCGAUUGCCCUCCAGAUGCUAUGGGCUCUCAUCCUGGCUGGCGGUUUGUUCCUACUGCCCGAAUCCCCUCGAUACUUCGUCAAGCGAGGCAAGCUGGAAGAUGCGCAGACCGUCCUCGCCCGGCUCAGAGGCCAGGACCGCGACUCGGAGUAUAUCAAGGAGGAACUCGCCGAGAUUGUCGCCAACCACGAAUAUGAGAUGCAGGCUGUCCCCAACGGCUACUGGGCGUCCUGGUUCCACUGCUUCAGCGGAAGUCUCUUCAACCCGGCCAGCAACAUCCGUCGUAUCAUCCUCGGAACCGCCCUUCAGAUGUUCCAGCAGUUCACUGGUAUCAACUUCAUCUUCUACUUUGGCACCACCUUCUUCCAGGACCUGGGCACCAUCGAAAACCCCUUCUUGAUCGGCCUAAUCACCACGCUGGUCAACGUCUGCUCCACCCCUGUAUCCUUCUGGGCUAUCGAAAAGUUCGGCCGUCGUCCGCUUCUCAUCUGGGGUGCCGUCGGCAUGUUUACCUGCGAGUUCAUCGUGGCUAUCAUUGGUGUGACCGAUGGCGAGAACAAGAGCGCCGUGUCUGCGAUGAUCGCCCUCAUCUGUCUCUACAUCUUCUUCUUCGCUUCCACCUGGGGUCCCGGUGCUUGGGUCGUCAUUGGCGAGAUCUAUCCCUUGCCCAUUCGAUCCAGAGGUGUCGGUCUUUCCACCGCCUCCAACUGGCUCUGGAACUGCAUCAUUGCUGUCAUCACCCCAUUCCUCGUCGGAACCGACAAGGCCAAUCUCGGCGCCAAGGUGUUUUUCAUCUGGGGCUCUCUCUGCGUCGGCUGCUUCCUGUAUGCCUUCUUCUUCAUCUAUGAGACCAAAGGCCUUACCCUCGAGCAAGUCGACAAGAUGAUGGAGGAGACCACACCAAUCACCUCCUCCAAGUGGAAACCACACAGCACCUUCGCCGCUGAGAUGGGCCACGUCGGGGCUGGAUCCAACGAGAAGAGCGGAGGAUUUGUUGACGGAGCUGGGGACGCGUCUGGUGCUGUUUAG